UUCCUCUCUGCAAAACCCUAGCUUUUCCAAAGAGGAAUUGUAGAGCUUCCCCCAAUUCGCCCCUCUACAUUUUCCGGGAAACAGCCAAACAGAAAGAAAUGGAGGCAAUGAAGAUGAAGCUUUUCCUAGCCGUUGUCAUGAUGAUCCUGGCCGUCUCCGCCGUGCAACCCGCCGCCGCUGCCACCGCUCCGGCGCCAGCCCCGGCUUCCGACGCCGCCAUCUUCGUCCCCACCUUCUUUGCCUCCCUAACCGCCCUUGCUUUUGGCUUCCUCCUCUGAGAAACUCACUCCUCCUCGUGACUCCCCGUAUGAUAUCUUCAUUUCAUUCUCUCUCCCUACACCCCCAUUUCUUCCUCUUGUCUCUAGAGGGAGGGAAGGAAGGGGGAGGGGAGGUGAAAUGGGUUUAGAUUUUUUUUCUUUUUUUCUUUUUUUUAUCUUGGGGAAAAAUUGAUUCAUAGGUAUUAUUAUUGAUGGGGUUUUGGGGGUUUGUUUGGUUGUUGUGGUUCAUGUAUUUGGUUGGUAUUGUUGUACUAUAUAUGUAUAACUUUUGAGUUUAUGAAUGAUGGAUUUGUGUAAUAUUUUUUUUUUUCCUUUUUUUGUGAUGGGAGUUAGAGCAAUAAGAAGAUCAAUGAGAGGAUUUUCGUGGGAUUUCCAUGGAUUUGAUGAUGAUGAUGAUCUUUGGAUGUUGGUGGAGGUUUGAUCUUUUGUUGUAUCAUUUCAUUUCUAGUUUGUGAUCCCAUUUUAUAGUGUAAUAAAAUUCCAUUAUUUUUCAAA